AGUGCUGGGUAAGGCUAGUUUUAAAGGAGCCGGAGGUGGGAGCCGUCGAAGACCCGGGAUCCGCGGGAGGCGGCGGCUGGAGCCUGGGAUCCCCCAGGGACUCCCCGGAGCCGCCGCUUCCCCCAUGGACUUGCCCGGGGACUCCAGCCCGCCUGGCCGGCAGGGUCUGUGCCGCCAGCCCCUGGCUCGAGCGUUAUGGGGAGCCAGGAGCCCCAAACGGCCGAAGCUGCAGCCCCUCGGGGCCCCUUCGCCGUUGGAAAAAGCCUCUCGGCGGGUCCUGGCCGUGGUCCUGGAAGAUGUCAUGGCUGCCCACAUGGUCCCCCUGGUGCCCCAAGAGGAGAUCUCCACCCCACGGCACUGCAGCAACCGUCGGGAUUCUGUCCACAGCCAUCCACCUGCCUCACCACCCCGACAGGCCACGUGGUCCCCACAAGCCAGGCCUCCCGACCCACUGCACUUAUGCCGAGAGCCCUUGAGCCGUGUGCAUCGGCCCCAUUCCACACUGAGGCGGCGAUCAAGGACAACACCUGGCCCAGAGGAGGGCCCUUCACAAAAGGUGGACCAGGCCCCCCAGCCCACUCUGGUGGUGAUGCUAGAGGACAUUGCCAGCUCCAGACCCCCAGCGGAGGGCUUUGCCGAUGAGACUCCCAACUUCACCGUCCCAGCGAGAAGAACUGAGCCAAGGAUGAUGGUUCACCAGCCAAAGCCUCCACCCAGGGAUGUGGAACCCUCAUUCCAGCCAUCUGCCCUGUCUGCAAACCCUCUGGAGAGCCCACCACCAGCCCCAGAUCCUGUUCUGGAGCUCCCAUCGACCCCACCGCCAUCCAGCCUUUUACGCCCCCGCCUCAGUCCCUGGGGCUUGGCCCCCCUCUUCCAUUCCGUCCGCUCCAAGCUGGAGAGCUUUGCUGACAUCUUCCUCACACCCAACAAAGCCCCACGGCCCCCGCCCCCAUCAUCCCCCAUGAAGUUGGAGUUGAAGAUUGCCAUCUCAGAGGCCGAGCAGUCUGGGGCUGCUGAGGGCACUGCAUCUGUCAGUCCCCGGCCCCCUAUCCGCCAAUGGCGGGCCCAAGACCAGAAUCCCCCAGGACCUCUCCCUAAGCCCUCUCUGGGCCGAAGCCACUCCUGCCCUGAUCUGGGGCCCCCCGGCCCAGAUACCUGCAGCUGGCCCCCUGCUCCACCCCACCCAAGCCGGCCACGGCCUCGGCGGCACACUGUGGGUGGUGGAGAGAUGGCCCGAGCCCCGCCACCCCCUCGGCCCUGUCUCCGGAAAGAGGUCUUCCCUCUUGGAGGAGUGGGAGGCUCUCCUCCCCUCGUCACAUCUUGCUCGUCUACCACGUCCACUUCUUCCUUCUCUGAACCUGCAGGACCCAGGUUGAGCUCAACCAAGAGGAAGGAGCCAAGGGCCUCAGAAGACCAGGUGCUUUCAGACCCCAAGACCAAGACCAUGGGAAAGGUUUCUCGAUUCAGAAUACGCAGGACACCGGCCCGUUCUCAACCAAACCUUACACCAAUGGGGCUGCCUCGACCAAUCAGGUUGAACAAGAAGGAGUUCAGCUUAGAAGAAAUUUACACCAACAAGAAUUACCAGUCACCCACAACCAGGAGGACCUUUGAGACCAUCUUUGAGGAACCCCGGGAGCGCAACGGGACUCUGAUUUUCACCAGCUCAAGGAAGCUCCGGCGAACUGUAGAGUUUCGGGACAGUAGUCUUCCUCGAUCCCGGCGGCCAUCUCGCGGGGCCCGGGCUGCAGCUGGCAGGACCCUUACUCCCAAUCUGGCCCCCAGCCCAGAUGUAGGACCCCUGCUGCAGCAGCGACUGCAGGAGCUGGAUGCCUUGCUCCUGGAGGAGGAGGAAGGGGAUCGAGAGCGGCCCCAUCGGACUUAGAAGCUCCAUCUGUUUGUCCAUCCGUCCUGGAGGGAGGGGAAGUCUCUGAGACAGUUAUAUUUUUUUCUCUGUGUUUCUAGUAAAGUUUUCGAUAUGUUUCUGA